GCAUCGUCAUGGUCGUGUGACUGACCACAUCAGCCACAUGGGGCAGCACAGACUCGAUGCGUUCGUUUAUCAGACUUUCGCUUCUCUGAGGCUCUUCCCCGCUUCCAACUUGAAAGAGCUCUUGUAUGCCAUGGACAUGACCAUGACCACGUCGCGUUUGGGCCUUUGUCCGGGGAAACAAACAUGCAUACCCUGUAUGAGUGCGUGGUUGACCUGCUAUCGACAUACCAUCGAGUUUGCUUGUGGCGAGAUCUUCAUUCAUCGUCUAUCUCACCCAGGUCACGCACCCACGUGGUCAAGAGUCCAGUGCAAGGUACCUUCGGGUGCUUCGAGUCGACAGGCCUCCCCACGCUGUGAGCCACACCCAAGCUUCAUGGUUGUGGGGAUCCUUGUUAGAGAUCCUGGACUGGAGCUUCUGUCAGAGAUGGAGGGGUUGCAGAUGAUCAAAAAAUGCAAUACAAAGCUUCCUAUUUGGUCACCGCGGGCCGACACUGAUUUUCGGGGUGAUUGCGCCAUCUGUACCAUUCGGAGGGUCAUCGCUCGACUAUCGGAUGUCGGAGGUCAGGUAUGGAGUGAUAAUGAAGUUGAUGUUGAAUAUUCACAUUCAAGACAGCGUAGGUACAUACCUUGGACCAACGACGACAACGGAAUGCUUAUAGUGGCAUUUAUGAGCAUUGAUUCAAAUACUGUUCUUGUAUCAACUUAUUCAUCAUCUGUCAUAAUGGGCCGUGGAUAAGACUUGAUCCAGAUUCAUGGUUAAAGCUUACCAUACCCUACCACAACAUCUCCAUCCUGCAACCACCAUCUUGUGCCAGAUUUUAGGCCACGGCCACGUACAAUCACACAAUCUCAGAGUUUUCACCCUCACAUCUGACUGAUACCCGACAAUCGUGGUGGCUGCAUCUAUAGUUGCAUCCAAACGUGAUUGUGUGCUGUAGCUGAUCUAACCUACAACGGCAGCUGUUCGGCUGUACCAUGGCAUCGGUGUCAACGAACGUGUUGGGGUUUCUCUGCAGCCUGAUCCUGUUUCGGUCGGCAGUACCGUCAGGCAUUUGCUGGGUGUGGCGGGUUGCACUCGGGAAUGUCAUGGGUUUUAAUCUGCAGCUAUCCGAUCUCGGGAAGUGUCACAUACCCGCAUCUCUUUGACGGUAUGGUGCGGCACGGUACCUUAUCUAAGGAUAUCAUGAACUGCGAUAGGGGCUGAGCUACGAUGAAUGAAAAUUUUCAACUGGCCUUUUAGUGCUGCCGAGAAAUGCAUGUUCAAAGUAAGAAUGAGUUGAUAAGCAAAAGAAGAAUUACGGAGUACGCGAAUGUUCACAACCAUGCCCAAUCGUUUUUCACUAUCAAAUGUACACUCCGGACAAGGAAACACGAAAGAAUUGCCGGAACACAACAUUUCAAAGAACCCAAAAAACCCCUUGAACCAUUCGUUCACAUCGGUAUAGUGGGAUCCUCAAGACAUGUGUCCAUAUACAACACUUCAUGUAAUAACAUUACUAUUGAUAAGUGUCAACCCAUUUCUGACCGCAUUAAACAUUUAUGUUUCAAUUUGACAAUAAAUCAAGUUACAGGUCAAUGUCAAUGUCAAAAGUUAUAGAAAUCAUAGGUGCUCAUUUUCUUCAAGGCAUCGAUCGAUGUGCAAGUUUCCUCGUCUCAUUAGAUACAUUAUCGAAUUCCAAUCGCCAUCGGGCACGCCAGCCCAACCGUAUGAAAAAACCAAUUAGGGUGCAAUUUUAGCCAAACUCCUUUUCGCCUUUGUUUCAUUGAAACUUAGGUUACGGUGUAACCGCCGUCAACUCGGAUAUCAGCACCAGUGACAUAGGAGGAGGCCUGUCAAGGAUCACCGAUGAGUUCAGAAUUUCGAAAUGCCAGGGAGUAAACUUACAUCAGACAGCAGAAAAGCAACGGGACCCAUGAGAUCUUGAGGUUGACCCAUCUUACCUUGAGGAAUGAGAGAAGUCCACUUCGCUUUCAGAUCAGGAUUGUCGUCAAGAAUCUUCUGGGUGCUGUGGUGACCACGUUAGUUACAGCUUUACUGGAAGCAGCUUUGAGUGCACUCACAGAGCAGUAAGCAUGUAGCCAGGAGAGAUGCAGUUAACUCGAAUGUUGGCAUGAGCCCAUUCGACGGCGAGAGAUGCGGCAAGGUGUCGAACACCAGCCUUGGCAGCGUUGUAAGGAGCCUGGGGCUGAGGGACGUUGACAAUGGCACCGGACAUGCUACCGAUCAUGACAAUGCUUCCUGGGGCCUUUCGCUCCAUCAGGUGGCGGGCAACUGAGGUCGCAAAGAGGUAAGUGCCGUCAACGUUGACAGCCCAAAGCUUGC